GCCGCCGCCUCGCCAGACCGCCACGACGAGGUCGCCGACGAGGUCGACGCCGAGGUGCUCCCUGGUGGACUAGUCCAUGGACUCCUUGCUCCGGGUCGGGGGGAUGUGACAACGGUGGGAUGGGGCCUGCCUCGGAACUGCAGUCUGUGCGUCCCGUGCGUGCGUGAGUGAGAGAGAGAGCGUUGCGUGCGACUGCGCCCGGACUUUGAAUUCUGCCGAGGCUCAGCUUCCCGGCCUGCACCAUGGCGUUGGCCAUGGCCAUGCCCAGCGAGAUGUGGGGCCCCGCCGCCCCCAGCUACCCGGCGGGCUACCCGGCGGGCUACGGCGGCCCCAGGGCCGCCUACCAGUGGGGCGCCCCUCCGGGCGGCGGCUACGGCGGUGGCGGCUACGGCGGCGGCCGCGGCGGCAGCAACGGCACCGUCGUGGACAAGGUCCUCCCCGACAUGGUGCACCUCAUCGACUCACACUGGCACCAGUUCCCGCCCAUGAACCCCAUGUGGCACGCCAUCCUGGGCUUCGUCAUCGGCUGCCUGGGCGUGGUGGCCAUCUCCGGCAACGGGAUGGUCAUCUACAUCUUCACCUCCACCAAAGGCCUUCGGACACCGUCCAACCUCCUAGUUCUAAACCUGGCCUUCUCAGACUUUUGUCUCAUGUUCGCCAUGUGUCCCGUCAUGGUCAUUAACUGCUACUACGAGACGUGGGUGCUGGGAACCCUCAUCUGCGACCUGUACGGCUUUGCCGGCUCCCUGUUCGGAUGCACGUCCAUCUGGUCCAUGGUGCUCAUCGCCAUCGACCGGUAUAACGUCAUCGUCAAGGGUCUGGCCGCCAAGCCCCUCACCAACAAGCGGGCGGCCCUGUGGCUGCUCUUCGCCUGGACGCUGUCCCUCACCUGGACCAUCUUCCCCUUCUUCGGCUGGAACAGGUACGUCCCCGAGGGCAACAUGACGGCCUGCGGGACGGACUACCUGACCAAGGACUGGUUCAGCCGCAGCUACAUCCUCGGCUACUCCUACUUCUGCUACUUCCUGCCGCUCAAGGUCAUCGUGUACUGCUACUGGUUCAUCGUCUCGGCCGUGUCCGCGCACGAGAAGAACAUGAGGGAGCAGGCGAAGAAGAUGAACGUGGCCUCCUUGCGGUCGGCGGAGAACUCGCAGAAGAGCGCCGAGGGCAAGCUGGCUAAGAUCGCCCUCAUGACCAUCUCGCUGUGGUUCAUGGCGUGGACGCCGUACCUGAUCGUCAACUACAUCGGCAUCUUCGACGGCCACUCCGUCAUCACGCCGCUCAACUCCAUCUGGGCGUCGCUGUUCGCCAAGGCCAACUCGUGCUACAACCCCAUCGUGUACGGCAUCAGCCACCCGAAGUACCGCGUGGCGCUGUACAAGAAGUUCCCCUGCUUGGCGUGCUCCGCGGACCCAGAGCCCUCUGGCGGCGGCGGAGGCGGCGGCGACACGGGGUCUGUGGCCUCGGGGGUCACCGCCGUCAGCAGCGAGGACCACUGAGCUGGUGCUGCAUUAUGAACACGGUUCCGGCUCAAGGCAGAGGCUGCCGCAGUCGACUUGAUGAGUGGGAGAAUUAUUUAAGCCCAAUCACUGUGUAACUCAUACGCCUUAUAAUUUAUGACCACCCUUCAGGUUUCUCUUUUGUUUCUUUAAUGUUAUCAUCGGUAGUUGAUCAGACUUUUCUUCUUGCCUGUCACUGUAAAGUUUUUAGUUAAACUGUUUUUUUUUUCAUUAUUUAUUUCUUAUUCCCCUUUCAAAAAUAAAUUAGGUUUUGGGGUACAUUUUGGAAGGAUAUGGUCCCGAACAUCAAACUCUUCAGUUUUCUGAAUGUCACUUUAUCCACAGAAUAGUAAGUUCCUUUCCAAGCCCUUGCAGACAGGGGUUUUGACGGUGCUUUACCUUUUAAUUGAGUAAACUUAGAACGUACAGCUUUCUAGCUCCAGUGGAAGGCCUUACAACGGGUACGCUACGACACGGACUUCGAGACGGACUACGGAACAAAUUAAAUCUCUAAGUACUGCUUCGAUUCCCACGUCCCAUGCCGAGUAGGAACUAACACAAGCAGAGGGCAUGUUCGAGAAUGAUCAAUAAACAGACUAACAGUUGCUAUUCGACUCCCUGCGCUUCACUCGGAUCCCUACCACAUUUUUGUUAACUCAGUUUGAGUGAGAUUUUUUACUUGCCAGGUACAUUUUGUAUUUAAAAAAAUCUUCCAGAAGAAUUCAACCAACAUGUAGCGGCUUUGUUUAGGUCCUUUUGAAAAAAAAUAAAUGGAGCAUACAUUCGCAAAGCGA